AUGCAGGAGUGCAGAGACAGCGGGGAGCGAGCGGCCGGCACAGCAACCCUGGCAGCCUGCCUUUGUUUCCCAGGCCCUCUGAGCACCAUGUCCGCCCCUCCGGCCAGCAAUGGAGUGUUUGUCGUCAUCCCACCCAACAACGCCAGUGGCCUCCGCCCACCUCCCACUCUUCUGCCCACCUCCAUGUGCCAGCCUCCCGGAAUUAUGCAGUUUGAAGAGCCACCGCUAGGGACGCAAGCACCCAGGGCCACCCAACCCCCUGACCUGCGUCCGGUGGACACGUUUCUGACUGGAGAGCCCAAAGCUUUGGGGACGGUGCAGAUCCUGAUCGGCCUCAUCCACCUGGGCUUUGGCAGCGUGCUGCUCAUGGUGCGCCGUGGCCCGCUGGGCAUGCUCUUCAUCGAAGGUGGUGUCCCCUUCUGGGGCGGAGCCUGCUUCAUCAUCUCCGGCUCCCUCUCAGUGGCAGCCGAGAAGAACCACGCCAGCUGCCUGGUGAGGAGCAGCCUGGGAACCAACGCUCUCAGUGCCAUGGCGGCCUUCGCUGGGACGGCCAUCUUGCUCAUGGAUUUUGGCGUCACCAAUUGGGAUGUGGGCAGGGGCUACUUGGCCGUGCUCACCAUCUUUACCAUCCUGGAGUUCUUUAUCGCAGUCAUUGCUACCCACUUCGGAUGUCAAGCCACUCGUGCCCAAGCCAAUGCAUCUGUGAUUUUCCUGCCAAAUGCCUUCAGCACGGACUUCAACAUCCCCAGCCCCACGGCCUCUCCACCCCCUGCCUACGACAACGUGGCUUACAUGCCAAAGGAGUCCUCUGAGUAG